AGUUUUAUUGAGUUUAUCCUAAUAAUUACUGAAUUCCUGAUUAUUCUUAAUCAGUUAAUACAACAUUAGCAGUUUAUAGUUGGAAUCUUGGACUUAAUUCAAUCAGACGUGAAUAAGAGAUUUCUGGUUUCACAGGCCAAGUUGGAAGUGUUCCAUCUCCUUCGACAAGUAUGGGGAGCUCAGUGCAGUCAUUUAGGCCACUGAUCAAUGACUAUGGACCACCCUCUAUGGGUUAUUUACAGGGAAUGAGUAGUAAUCAGGCACCACAGAGUAAAUAUGCGGAGCUACUUACUAUAAUUGAAGAGCUAGGGAAAGACAUCCGACCAACUUAUGCUGGCAGUAAAAGUGCAAUGGAGCGAUUAAAACGUGGAAUUAUUCAUGCUCGAGGAUUAGUGAGGGAAUGCCUGGCUGAAACUGAACGCAAUGCAAGAUCAUAGCUUUAGUGCAGCUGAGGUUAUAUUGGACUUCAAGAUUUUGUGGUUUAUUUUUGGAGAAGGAAAUGCUACUUUUGUAAUGUUUUUUCCUGAUCACACUGAUUUCUUUAAGUUUAAGCAUUGUCAGCUUUGUAUUUGAGCUAUAACAAUAUGGUGAUGUAAAAGAUGCUUUACUCUGGAGAAUACUUGAAGAAAAUGUUGGCUUUUUCAUCCAAGUUUGGUUCUUCACAACAUAGAAUCAACUCAACUGUUGCAACGACCAAGUUGUUUAUUUAAUUGAAUAAACAAAGAACUUACCAGAAACGAUACAGCUCAUUGAUCUGUAUAACCUUGUCAGGCUAAUGUUUAAUUUUUGAAUCUUUUUGAAGCAAAAUACACGGAUACAAUUCGAAAAACAUAUUUUUGCACUUGAUCAAACUGGAGGAAUGGAUAUUCCUGGAACUUUGCAGAACAAGAUUUUUCCUCUAAAUUAUAAUUUUUUUGCUAUUGUACAGAAAUUAGGCAUCUUUGUAUUGAUUUCUUCUUGUAAUAAAGCUUAUUUUCAUUA